CUGAGUCCUCAGCCAAGCCCUGUGAGGUUCCAGAAGAACCCGGCUCCACAGCACUGAACCUGUUGUGAUUUGCUAGAAACUCUUUCAGGCCUUUCGGUUGGGCAAGAAGUUUCAGGCCCUUUCUCAAUUCUUCGGCCUGCCACCGUGGCCGUGGUGCCGUCCCUCCCCUGUGGUCAGCCCCAUGCAGUCUCCUGCCACCGUUACCGAGGGCCUCAAUGCCCCCCUCUUGGGGACCUACACGGUCCCCCCCUUCAAGUUCCAGCCUCGCCGGGAGACAGUGGACUGGAGGCGCAUCAGCGCCCUGGACGUGGACCGCGUGGCCCGGGAGCUGGACGUGGCUGCCCUGCAGGAGAACAUCGCCGGCGUCACCUUCUGCAACCUGGAGCGGGAGGCCUGCAGCCGCUGUGGGCAGCCCGUGGACCCGGUGCUGCUCAAGGUGCUGCGCCUGGCACAGCUCACCAUCGAGUACCUGCUGCACUGCCAGGACUGCCUGAGUGCCAGCGUGGCCCAGCUGGAGGCACGGCUGCAGGCCAGCCUGGGCCAGCAGGAGCGAGGCCAGCAGGAGCUGGGCCGCCAGGCCGACGAGCUCAAGGGCGUGCGGGAGGAGAGCCGGCGGAGGCGCAAGAUGAUCAGCACCCUGCAGCAGCUGCUCCUGCAGACGGGCGCCCACAGCUACCGCUCGUGCCACCUGUGUGACAAGACCUUCAUGAAUGCCACCUUUCUUCGGGGCCACAUCCAGCGCAGGCACCUGGGCCCGGCUGAGGGCGGAAAGCAGGGCAAGCAGGAGCAGCCUGUGGAGGAGGUGUUAGAAGAGCUGCGGGCCAAGCUGAAGUGGACCCAAGGGGAACUGGAAGCCCAGAGGGAGGCUGAGAGGCAGCGGCAGCUCCAGGAAGCAGAGAUUUCUCGUCAGAGGGAAACAGACGCUAAGAGAGAAUUUGAUGAAUGGAAAGAGAAAGAGCGGGCUCAGCUCUAUGGAGAAAUAGACAAGCUAAAGCAUUUAUUUUGGGAUGAAUUUAAAAAUGUUGCUAAUCAUAACUCUACACUAGAAGAGAAACUACAGACCCUGCAGUCUCACGCUGUGAUGGAGUCCAACCUUGGCUCUUUGCGCGAUGAGGAGUCGGAGGAGCAGCUGAGGCAGGCGCAGAAGCUCCGGGACCUGAAGGAGAAGAUGGACCUUCAGAAAACAGAAUGGAAGAGAAAAAUGAAAGAACUGCAAGAGGAGCACACAGCUCAAAAGAGAGAGCUGCAGGAGGAGAACGAGAGGCUCCAGGCCUCACUGUCUCAGGACCAGCGGAAAGCCACGGCGCAGGCGCAGCGCCAGAUUGACACGCUGCGCAGUCGGCUGCAGGAGCAGGCCCGGCUCCUCGCUGCCCAGGAGCAGACGAUCCAGACUCUCACCGUCAGGAAGGUGGAGGGGAGCCACGAAGGCCCGAAGGCUGCGGACACGGAGGAGGAGUCUUCUGAGGAAGAGCUGGACUCCCGAGGUGGACAGCAGAAGGUGCUGGCAGCUCUGAGGCAAGAUCCCACGUUACUGAAGCAGUUCAGGCCAAUCCUGGAGGAGACGCUGGAAGAGAAGCUGGAGAGCAUGGGGGUCCAGAGAGCCGCAAAGGGCAUCUCCCUUCAAACUCUCCGACACCUGGAGUCCAUCCUGCGAGCCCAGCGGGAGCACAAGGCCCGGAGGUUUUCUGAAUUUCUGAGUCUGAGGGAAAAGCUCAUCAAGGAAGCCAACAGCAGAGUGAAGGGGAGACAGAGGGACGGGGGCUCCCUGCCAGAGGGCGCGCUUGCAGUCAGAAGCCCCAAGAGAGAGGCCCAGCCCAAGGCCAGGACACUGCACGUGGCGCCGCUGUCCCACCCGGCGGAGCCCCCCGGGACAACUCUUCUGCGACGUGGCAGCCAUGGCCCUGGCCUGACCCCCACGUCACCCCCUUCUACACGACCCAGAGCGCGGGGGCCCUCCAGCCCCCCAGCUUCCCCAGGGCCUGGGCUGAGCACACCCCCGUUCAGUUCUGAAGAUGACUCGGAGAGAGGGCGGGGGGCCCCUCCACAACCCCCACGAGGCCCUUCCAGGAUGGGGCUCCGGCAGGAGGAUGACUGGGACUGGUCUGACAGCGACACCUCGGAGGGCCCGGCCCUAGGCUCAGGAACCCUGGUGCAGUCGAUGGUGAGAAACCUUGAGAAGCAGCUGGAAGGUUCGGUGAAGAAGCCUGCUGGAGGGGUUAAUCUGUUCUUGAUGCCCAGAGCGGGACCCCAGAAAGCUGCUGCUCCAGGAAGAAAGACUCAGCUGUCUGAUGAGGAGAGUGACUUGGAGAUCUCGUCCUUGGAAGAGCUCCUGCAGGACCAGAGGGAGAAACCGAAACCCUUGGCCCGCUCCCAGUUUCCGGGGAAGUUUGGUGCCAGUGCUUGGAGCACCAGCUGA